AUGGGGUGCAGCUGGAGGAGUGAUCAAAACAAGUCUGCUCAGGUACAAAGCUGCCAAGGACACGAGGGACAAGUGGCACCCAUGUGUCGCCUCAUUGUGUCUACCCUGGUUUUCAACACAUACUCCAAUGAAGACUACGACAGGAGAAAUGAUGAGGUUGACCCUGUGGCUGCAUCUGCUGAGUAUGAACUUGAAAAGCGAGUAGAAAAGCUGGAACUUUUCCCGGUGGACCUGGAGAAAGAUGAGGAUGGACUCGGCAUAAGCAUCAUUGGAAUGGGUGUUGGUGCUGAUGCUGGACUGGAGAAGCUGGGGAUAUUUGUGAAGACAGUGACAGACGGAGGUGCUGCUCAGCGGGAUGGCAGGAUCCAAGUCAAUGACCAGAUUGUGGAAGUAGAUGGAAUCAGCCUGGUGGGGGUCACACAGAAUUUUGCUGCAACUGUUCUGCGAAAUACCAAGGGCAAUGUCAGGUUCGUUAUUGGGCGAGAAAAGCCAGGACAAGUGAGCGAGGUUGCCCAGUUGAUAAGCCAGACGUUGGAACAAGAAAGGCGCCAGAGGGAGCUGCUGGAGCGCCACUACGCCCAGUAUGAUGCUGAUGAUGAUGAGACUGGAGAAUAUGCCACUGAUGAAGAAGAGGAUGAGGUGGGGCCCAUCCUUCCUGGCGGUGACAUGGCCAUUGAAGUCUUCGAGCUCCCUGAGAACGAGGACAUGUUUUCCCCAUCUGACCUGGACACAAGCAAGCUCAGUCACAAGUUCAAAGAGUUGCAAAUCAAACAUGCAGUUACAGAAGCAGAGAUUCAAAAAUUGAAGAGCAAGCUGCAAGCGGCAGAAAAUGAGAAAGUAAGGUGGGAGCUAGAAAAGAACCAGCUCCAACAGAACAUAGAGGAAAAUAAAGAGAGGAUGCUGAAGUUGGAGAGCUACUGGAUUGAGGCGCAGACAUUAUGUCACACCGUAAACGAGCAUCUCAAAGAGACCCAGAGCCAGUAUCAGGCCUUGGAAAAGAAGUACAACAAAGCAAAAAAGUUGAUCAAGGAUUUUCAACAGAAAGAGCUUGAUUUCAUCAAGAGACAGGAAGUAGAAAGGAAGAAGCUAGAAGAGGUGGAAAAAGCUCACCUGGUGGAAGUCCAAGGCCUGCAAGUACGGAUCAGAGAUUUGGAGGCUGAGGUGUUCAGACUGCUGAAGCAAAACGGGACCCAAGUUAACAACAACAACAACAUCUUUGAGAGAAGAACAUCUCCUGGGGAAGUCUCGAAGGGGGACACUAUGGAGAAUGUGGACGGCAAGCUAACAACCUGCCAGGAUGGCUUGAGUCAAGACUUGAAUGAAGCAGUCCCAGAGACAGAGCGCCUGGAUUCGAAAGCGCUGAAAACUCGGGCUCAGCUCUCAGUAAAGAAUAGGCGCCAGAGGCCCACGAGGACAAGGCUCUAUGACAGUGUCAGCUCAACUGAUGGGGAGGACAGCCUGGAGCGGAAGAAUUUCACCUUCAACGAUGACUUCAGCCCAAGCAGUACCAGUUCAGCUGACCUGAGCGGCUUAGGAGCAGAACCCAAAACACCAGGGCUCUCCCAGUCCUUGGCACUAUCCUCGGAUGAGAGCCUGGACAUGAUAGAUGACGAGAUCCUUGAUGACGGACAGUCCCCCAAACACACUCAGAGUCAGAGUCGGGCCGUUCACGAGUGGAGUGUGCAACAGGUUUCUCACUGGUUGAUGAGCCUAAAUCUGGACCAACAUGUGUCUGAAUUCAGUGCUCAGAACAUCACUGGGGAGCAGCUCCUGCAGCUGGAUGGAAAUAAACUGAAGGCUCUUGGAAUGACAUCAUCCCAGGACCGGGCACUGGUUAAAAAAAAACUGAAGGAAAUGAAGACGUCUCUAGAGAAGGCUAGAAAGGCCCACGAGAAAAUGGAAAAACAAAGAGAGAAACUGAGGAGGAAGGAACAAGAGCAAAUGCAAAGGAAGUCAAAAAAGUCUGAAAAGAUGACUUCCACAGCAGAGAGCAACAGUGAGCCCUAAUACCCAGCUUCCAACAGGAUGUGGGGAAGCUUGAAACAACUCCUGCCCCUUCCUGCCCCCCUCCCCUCCAGCAGAGGAUGAGCAUGACACUGAUGGGGAUAAUGCCACUGUAGGCAGUUUAAGGAACUGUGUGUUGACUGCGCUGUUAGUUUUAACCUCCUAAAGUCACCCCUUGCCAUCACCUUUGGUUCAUGAGCAAACCAGAAGUACCAUUUUUAUCUUCUACUUACCAACAUCCCAUGUUGUGUUAAGUGUGUGGUGCCUCAUGGAGGACCAGCCUGGCCCAGCCAAUGAGAGAAGGACUCAUUCUGGUGAUGUGAGUGGGAGUACCCAGAAAUUUCAGUGAGAGCCCCUGAAACUGAGAGGGUAGCUGUGACUGUUGGUGUGCUGAGGCUACCUGCCUUGAAAUGAGGGGGCUGUGCUGUCUGUCUCCUGGGCUGCAGAAUCUAGUUAGGUGGGGCUGUGGGAAAGGCUCCCCUCAAUACUGACUGUGUAGCAAGUCAGUCCGGUGUGGGGACAAUUACCAGCUUAGGGAAAGAGGGGAAUCAGAAAGAGGGAAAAAUUGUAACUAUUUGUUAAUUCUAGAAGAAAUGCAAAGGCCUUAAGAACAUAGAUGUGGGUGUACGUCAGGCCUUGGA